UCAGAGGGAGUAGAGGCUGUAGGAGGCGUUUGGUGCCAAAGCGGAGCAUAAAGCCUCCACCUGACAGGAAGUUUAUUCUCACAGGAGACGCUGCGGUCAACUUCUGCAAAGCCCCGUCCAGACUUUAUCCUACUGAAGAUGAAGCGGGAUGCGCCUCCACCUGUGCUGCUGUUUGCCAUCUGCAUCCUCGUCCUGCCGUUGCCCUCGACUCCCCACCACGAGUCAGAUGAUUCAAAGCUCCUCCAGGUAACCAUCCCCAUCGACUCGCCCAUGAUUGCGGUUCUGGGUAAUAAUCUGACUUUGCCCUGCCUGGUUUCUCUGACCCACCCGCCACCGACACCUUCCUUCACCGGCCGCCACGCCGUGCUGUCUGUGCCCCGGGUCAAAUGGAGCUUCCUGACUCACAGUCAAGAGACGGAAAUCCUGGUUGCUCGCGGGGACAAGGUGAGAGUCAGCGAGGCCUACAAAGACCGAGCCUCGCUCCUCAAUUACGCCUACUCCCCCGCGGACCUCACCCUCCGUCUGGAGGGCCUGCGGAAGAACGACACCGGCUUCUACCGCUGCGAGGUGCAGCAGGGCCUGGAAGACGCUCAUGAUGUGGCUCAGAUCCAGGUCAAGGGUGUCGUGUUCCAUUACCGGGACGCGUCCAGCCGGUAUGCCUUCACGUUUGAGCAGGCCGUGGAGGCUUGCGAGGAUAUUGGAGCACAUAUUGCCACCCCAGAGCAGCUUUAUGCAGCCUAUCAUAGCGGAUAUGAGCAGUGUGAUGCAGGCUGGCUCUCCGAUCACUCAGUGAGAUAUCCCAUCCAGAUGCCAAGAGACGGCUGUUUUGGAGAUAUGGAUGGCCUACCAGGAGUGAGAAACUAUGGAGAGCUAGAGUCUGAUGAGCUCUAUGACGUCUACUGCUAUGUGGAGAAUAUUCAGGGUGAAGUGUUCCAUGGGUUGCUCCACCAGCGUUUCACCUUCUGGGAGGCCAAGGCCUUCUGCGUGAGCCACGGCGCGGAGCUGGCCACCACAGCUCAGCUGUACGCAGCCUGGAACGAUGGGGUGAACCACUGCACCCCGGGGUGGCUGGCAGACGGGAGUGUGCGCUAUCCCAUCGUCAUCCCGAGAGAGCGCUGUGGAGGUGGUGAACCCGGCGUGAAAACUGUCUAUCGGUUCAGCAACCAGACGGGCUUCCCUGAGACUGACUCCCGACACGGCGUCUACUGCUUCAGAAGUGAUCACGGCCCUUACACUGAACCUCCCCAAGACUUCCUCCCCACUGAGCCAGAGGACAUUGGACAGGACAUUAUAUUCUUAACCACACAGGGCGAUGAGCAUGUGAGCGAGGCGACUCCAGGGGCGGCUGAAGAGAUACAGAAUACCCAGCAAACAGAUUCACUAACAGAGGGCACUGUGGACACUCAGUCCCCGAGCACGGGCUACGAUCAGGACCCACUGUUCACGGAAGAUCCUCAGUUGUUGACGUCCCUGCCUGAGCAUCAGGAGAACUUGACCUUCCAUGAAACCUGGGAAAUCAUCAAGAAGGUCAGCUUCCCCGACGCCUAUCAGCCAGCACCUGAAGAAAACCCCGACCCGGAUCAUGAAGAGUCUUACUUCCCCUCAACACCCUCUUCUAACCUUCAUGACUUAGCCGCGCUUCAAAACUCCACCACACCCCCCACUACUGUGGAAACCUCCGAUAUCACAGAUCCCACAGAAGAUCCUACGUUUGGGACCGAAAUCCUGGAUAUGUUCAGUAUAAAUAUCACAUAUGAAACUGACGUAGAGGAGGAUCAUGAGAGGGAGAGUGAUCUCCCGGUUUCACAGGAGGACUAUACUCCAGAGUCCCGCCUGGAACACACCUCUGUCAGUGACGCUCCAGGAGAGGAGCUGGAGGAGAUUCAGGUUACGCCAACUUCAUCUCACACGGAGGAAGGAGAAGAUCACGUCACCGCUCAAAUGCCAUUUCCUGAUAACAGCACAUCUGUGAACCGUCCAGCAGGAGAGAGGUCUCACGAGGAGACGGCCAUUCCUUCUCCAGAUGAGGAAACACUGAACUCUGGGAAUUAUAGUCUGAUAGGUGUGGACAUCUCUGAAACCUCUGAAGUGAUGCUUACUUCUGAUCCAGGUCAUGAUGCCACUCACACGCCCUCAGGCGUUGUAACAGAGUCCUCUGCCCCCCUGAAACACGAUGAUGAGGAAUUCAGUAGCACCUCAGAGGAAGAAUCACCGGACGACCCAGGAGAGCAAAGUGGGCACAUGCAUCCAGCAGAAAUCCCAGACUCCCAGACGUAUUCCAGCCUUGAUGCUCCUGUCCUAAAAAACCAUCCAUUCACGUUGUUGGCAUCCCCAGUUUCCGUUACCUUGGCUCCACCUUCUGUGGAAGUGGAGGUCAGCUCUCCAGAGACUCUGACUUUCCUACCUGAAAGUCAUGUUUCAUCAGAGCCUGAACUUCUGGAGGACAUUCAGGAUGAACUCCACCAGGAGGGGUCGGGAGAACACCCGACAGUGUUCCACACAACAGCCCACCAUAUCCCAGACAGCAGUCCGGAGGAGAGGGAAACGGACUCCGGUGAAGGAUCAGGUGAAUCGUCCGGAGUAAACCCUCAGGUGAAACCAGACCUCCUCUCGACAACUUUCUCAGCAGACCACACAUCCGAUGGAAGUGUUGGCGAGACAGGCACGGAUGCACCUCUGCCGUCUGAGAAGAGAUUCACACUGGUCCCUUAUCUGACCCUCCAACCCGACUGGGAACCGGAGCCUUCGUCCUCCACGCUGCAGGAGUCCCGCUCUGACCGGGAGUUCAGCGCUGACUCUCCUGUCACGGAGUCUGACGACAUCUCUACGGAGCAAGAGCACGCAUCCGGGGGAAAUGAGAGUGAACCCGGUACAGACGAGCCCUCAGGUAAAAUCUGCAUAUGGCCUCCUGAUGAUGAGGAGGCCUCCAGUCCGCCUCCCACCACCGACUCCACUGACGUGAACAUCGCCGCUCCUACGUUGCUCCCUGACACGCUAAGGAGAGACAACGGGGGGAAGACAGCCUCCCCAUGUAGUCCGAAAGUUUCUGCAACAAAGCAAGGAGGCCUUCCAGAGUCUUGCCUGGAGAGCCCAUGUUUGAAUGGAGGCACUUGUGUUGAUGGAGAAGUAAUAAGCUGCAUUUGUUUGCCCGGUUAUGGAGGAGACUUGUGUCAGAAAGAUGUGGAGGAGUGUGAGCUCGGCUGGGACAAGUUUCAGGGCUUUUGUUAUCGUCACUUCAGCAAGCGGCAGACCUGGGAGACGGCUGAGCAGCACUGCCGGAUGUGUGGGGGACAUCUGCUCUCGGUCAUGACUCCUGAGGAGCAGCACUACAUCAACGACAAAUACAGAGAAUAUCAGUGGAUUGGGCUGAACGACAAAACCAUUGAGGGAGACUUCCGCUGGUCAGACGGGAACCCUCUGCUCUAUGAGAACUGGUACAAAGGCCAGCCCGACAGCUACUUCCUGUCUGGUGAGGACUGCUCGGUGAUGGUGUGGCACGAUGAAGGCCACUGGAGCGAUGUGCCGUGCAACUACCACCUGUCGUACACCUGCAAGAAGGGGGCCUCCUCCUGCGGUGAGCCGCCUCAGGCUCGCCACGCCAAAGUGUUUGGGAAGAAGCGGUCUCGCUAUGAGACCAACAGCAAGGUGCGGUACUAUUGUGAGGAGGGUUUUGUGCAGAAACUCAAUCCUGUGAUCAAAUGUCUACCUGGCGGCCAGUGGGAGGAGCCUCUGAUUGCCUGCAUAUCAACUCGUCCGGUAGAGGAGGACUACGUUACCUCGCAGCCUGUCCAGCAAGAGGAGGUCGUUGGUGCGGCUGCAGAAAAAGCCUCCCCGCUCUACUGGGACAUUAAGUGGAAUUAAUCAAACCAUCCCGCCUUUAAAAAAGAAAGCAAGAAAGAAAACAUUCACCCUUCCUGUUUUCCAUCUUUUCCUGUGCCUCCGAGGACUGCCCUGUCCAGUUUCUGCUUUGUGUUUAGCUUUUAAUAAAAAGUCAUGUUGGCGCCACAGUUGCAGUAUUCCCGAGCGUUUUGAAAGUGCUGUAAUCCAAAUACUCGUCUUCCUGCAAAGAGCGAGGUUUGUCUGUAAAGUUUUAACACUUAAGCCCAUACUUGUUCAGGUGGUCGUGUGAAAAAUAAAAUCAUUUUUACGCCUGAUUACUGUUUACUAAGCAGUGGAUUUGGUGUGAUAACUGUUUUUUUGGGAGUAGAAGAAAUAUUGCUGCAAAAUUUGAAAAAAGAUUUUUUAUGCACUUUCUUCUUUUUGUGUAGAAAAAUCGCUUGCAUCUUAGAUAAUUACACGUGUGCAAUGAAUUAAAUCAUUUUUGAAAUACGAUUUAGUCAUGUACAUUUAAUGAGUCUGUAUAACCUGGAAACACACCAGACUAAACAGAAGUUUUAUUAACCGAGCAGAUAAUAGAGAACUAUGUGAUAUAGAGCUUAAGGGUUUAAUAAAUAUUUAGACACUAAUACAAUUAAAUCAUUCAACAAAACAUGAAUGCUUUUACUAGCUCGAAUACACAGUUUAAUGAUGUUCAGUUGUGUUUUAGGUGGAAGUUGAUCGCUAAUGCAGCACAAUGUAUUUUACUGAGUCUGCUAAAAACCUUUUAUUCAGCACAGAUGCUCAACUUAUUCCUGUUAUCAGCUGGUCUGACUUCACUGAAACGUUUUUUAUGUCACAAUCUGCACGUUGUUUUAAAACAUAUUUCUCCAAUAAGGGUCCUGCCGAGGGUAACACAGAUUUAUCUGAUCCAGUAGUUGCAUGAGCUUCAGUUUUACCUGAUUCAUAGACAUGACUUCUUUUUCUUUUUUCCUUUUUAAAAAAAACUUAAUUGCACAUUUCACUUUUAAGCAAUAACAUAUUCUGAUAUUAACACCAAAUUAAACUGAUCCGCUGGCUAUUAAGCUGAUUAUCCUUAUGCUGCCUGCUGCUGUCCAUGUCGUAUGAGAAAGAAGCAUGAUUAACUCUUUCAGG